AUGGACAUCGAGUAUCGACCGAUUCCGGUGGAAAUAAAGGAACGGCUGGACCGUUUUUUCGGCCGUAAGGACCACUUCGUUGAGGUGAACCCGGGUCAGGUGAUUAUGCCCCAGAAGUAUGUGGACUUGGGUGAAUCCAUUCGUACGCUACCGAUCCGUUCGGAUGAUGUUUGGCUGAUGUCAUUCCCGCGGGCGGGAUCUACCUGGGCACAGGAAAUGGUGUGGCUGCUCGGUAACAAUCUUGACUACGAAGGGGCCCGAAAUCAGCUGCAGCAGGUCCGGACGCCACUGCUCGAACUGUCGGCCAUCUUUUCCGACGAUCACACCGUGGAAGAUACCGUGACUCGUCACGAACGGAUCGAUUCGGUGCAGUGUGUGCGUCAGAUGCCCGGAAGGCGCUUUAUCAAAUGUCACCUUCCUUGGCAGUUGCAUCCCCACGAGCUGGGCACGGUGCGACCCAAAAUGAUCUACGUCGUGCGCAAUCCGAAGGACCUGUGCGUGUCGUACUAUUACUACUGCCAGCUGAUCCAUCGAUCCGAGGGAACCUUCCAGGAGCUUUGUGACAUCUUCCUGGCCGAUCAGGCUCCCAUUGGCCCGAUGUGGGCCCAUGCGCUCGCCUUUUGGAAGCGGCGCAACCAAGACAACAUCCUCUUCCUGAAGUACGAAGACAUGAAGCGCAACCUGCCGCAAGUGAUACGCCGCUGUGCGCAAUUUCUGGAGUUUGGGCGCGAGCUGACGGAAGACGAAGUGCAGCGGAUGUGUGAGCAUCUGCAAUUUGACCGUAUGCAGCGCAAUCCGGCCGUCAAUCUGGAACCGUUGAUGAAGGAGUCACCGAUCGUGAAGAAAGACGCUGGUGUGAAGUUCAUACGAAAGGGUGAGAUAGGCGACUGGAAAAACCACAUGGAUGCAGCGACGUCCGCCCGUUUCGACGCGUGGAUCGAGGAACACUUCGGGGGCAGCGGAUUGGAGUUUGAGUACGAAUGA